AUGAGAUGUGUAACAUACAAAUGUGUAUUAAUAUUUAUUAUAAUAAAAUGUGUCAAAUCACAAGACAAUAAUCCUGAUCAGCCUGCUGAUGAAGAGGAUGAGGAGGACAACUUUGAAGUUUUAGACCUAGAUAAAAUCAUUCAACAACGACUUGAUCGUUUUGAGGAUCCUCAAUACCAACCACAAUAUCAACAAAUACAAGAAUCUCAAUAUCCAACCCAACCACAAGCUCAACCCCAACAACAUUAUCAGUAUCAAGGAGAAUUAUAUCAAUAUCCACCUGAACCAACAUAUUAUCAACCUCAACAAUAUGAUCAGUAUCAACCUCAACCAGAACCUCAAGUUCAACCUGAACACCAAUAUUACCCAGGAUAUCAACCACAACAGCAAGAACAGCAACAGUAUCAACCUGAUACAUAUGGGUACUAUGAACCUCCGACAUCACAACCAUCGAGUCAACAACAACAAUAUGAUCAAUAUCAACCUUACGGACCACCAGCAGAACAACCACAACCCACUCAACCACAAUCAUUACAGUAUCAACCUCAAGUAUAUACACCAUACCAGAUACCUCAACCACAGUUAUCUCAACCAGAACAGUAUUAUCAGCAUUAUGGACCUCCUAGUUACGAUUAUUAUCAACCUGAAUCAUAUACACCAACAACACAACCAACGGAAUAUUACGUACCUACACUUACUCAAGCAGAAAUAUCUCAGCCACAACCUCAACAACAAACUCAACCAUCUGAACCUGAACCACAAACUAUAGAGGAGGAGGAUGAAGAUUUCUAUGUGACAGAACAUGAUCAACCAUAUGCACAACAGGAACCUGAACCUAGUGAGGAACAAACUCAACAACCUGAACCUGAACCUCAACCUCAGCCUAGUGAGGAACAAACUCAACAGCCGACACAAUGUCCAACUCCGCCUCAACAACCACAAAAACAAGAAAAGAAACCGAAGAAACCAAAACGAGCUAGAUCUCCAAGUGAAGAUCAAUCAGAAAAACAAGGUGAUGAACAACCUAUUAAAAGAAGAGGACCGAAUAAACCUAAAGUAUAUAAUGAAAUUAAAUUUUGUAAAAUUGAUGCUGAGGGAAAUCUUGUAAAAAUGACUGUUGAAGACUAUAAAGUUACAUAUGAUGAUCGAAAUAAAACAAAAUAUGAGUUUUAUGCAGAUCUUGAGAGGAUAGAAUGUGACAAUCAAAUUAUUUAUGAGAAUAAAAAGGGAGUUCCAUAUUGUUCAUCAUUAACUUAUAGCAAAGAAACUAUGAUUUUUGUCAUUACUAAUAUUCAAGGAUUUAUAUUAAUUAAGAGAAUUAAAGGAGAAUGGACAACAACUGAAGAAAAGAUUCCAGAGUAUGUAAAAUUCUAUACAGAAGAUUCCGAAGGCAGUGAACUUCUAUUAACUAGUGAUCAAUAUAAUAUUGAUUUUACUUCGUUUGCAUCCUUUAGAUACGAAUUACAUUCAGGUGUAAAAUGUCAUAAAAUAGUAAUUUAUAAUAUGACUGCAUGGGAAAAAACUGAUAAUGAUCCAGGUUAUCCUUUAGUGAUUUAUGUUACUAAUAAAUUAAGUGUUAUAAUUAAUUUUGACAUCUACACUAAAAUUUUCAGAAGAAGACCUUCUAAAUAUAGAAUGGUAUUUAAUAAAAAAACGUUAGGAAGACGUAAAUACAAAUAA